CUUUACUGAACAAGGAUACACUAUGGAGAUCUACACAUCAGCUGCAUGUUUAGUAACAGUCUUGUGCAGUUUUGCCACAUCCUCUGCAAAGGAAAUCUGCCAUCAUGACAGAGGGAGCCACAACGCAGGUUUCAGUGGACAGAUGAAAGGCAGCCAUCAUCUGCACUGGUGUGGAAAUGUGUCUUACAAUAUCUCAGGAAGUUCCUGCUGUAAUGGUACUAUAACUCUGGGAUUAAGCCAGCUGGUGGCUGACUGCUGUGGUUCUGUAGCUUACAAUCCACUUAAUGAGAUUUGCUGUGAUGGCAGGAUUCUGACUCGAAGCAGCACUUACGCGAAAUGCUGUAGCAGAGACGUGUACUUGACAACCACUCAUUUGUGUUGUGGUAAAAACAACAUAUUUCAACGGAAGGAAAAUCAUUCUUGUUGUGGCAAUGAAACAUAUGACAUGACAACCCACUGCUGCUGUACUAACCCUGCACUAGAAGUAAAGCCUAAAAAUGAAACUUGCUGUUCAAAAGCAACAGAUUCUCGUAAAAAAGCAGAAAGCCAGCAAGGUUCUCCUCCCACCCGCACUCUCCCCAUAUUAUCAGACUUGAAUUGUGGAUCAGAAACCUACAAUCCCCAUGAACAAAUGUGUUGCUCAGGGAAUCUGUAUAAGAAGGCAUCAGCACUUACUAAGUGCUGUGGCGAAGAUGCUUACAUUCUGUCAGAUGACAAUGUGCUGUGCUGUAAUGGAAUCCUUCAUCGCAAUGUGCCUGAGCAGUCAGAGUGUGUUGGAGGUGUUAUGUAUACUCCAGCAAACACUACUUGCCAAAUGUCGACCCGUCCUCGUCUUGGCGAGCACUGCUGUGGAGGACAAACCUUCAAUCCUCGCACGCAUAUUUGCUGUAAUGGACACAGCCACAACAAGAUGAAUGGCAAUUUCUGUUGUGGUUCAGAAGUCUAUGACCACCACAACCAGUUCUUGAGAUGCUGCUCAGGUCAUCUCUACAACCUAACCCAUUUACGUGGAAAUGCAGAGUGCUGUGGAAGCCUAUUGCUGAAAUAUAGUAAUCACAUUUGCUGUUCCUCCUCAACCAAUUCCGUAAUGUAUGACACCAAAAGAAACCACCGUUGCUGUGGGCAUUACUACUACAACACAUCCCUGUGGAGCUGCUGUGCUGAACGUCUCAAACCAACACCAAAGCCUAACAGCUCUCCUGAAGAAUACAGACCUAAACCCCUAACAGGCCUCUACCCAUUUGAGUGUCUUUCUCUGCAUGUUCCUGCUCAAGUAGGUCUCAGGUCAGGAAACAAAUAG